AUGAAGACUUUGUCCUCGAUCCUCGCCAUCAUGGCCAUGCUCGCUGUCGCAACUCUCAAUGUGCACGCUGACCAAGACACCACCACUUCGCAGCCAGAGGUGGAGGAGAAGGGCACUUGGGCCCCGAUGAUGCGCGCGCUGGAGGCUACGGACGACUCGUUGCCCACGUCGCAGCCCGUCGCCGACGAGAAGGCGUCUUGGGCUCCGCUCCGCGCUCUCGCCGCCUUGCCCACUUCGCAACCCUCAGCCAAUGAGAAGGCCUCAUGGGCGCCGCUCCGCGCUCUGAAGACCAUGGAGGGCGACCAGAUCUCGACGUCGCAGCCUGCUGUGGACGAGAAGGCCUCGUGGGCUCCGCUCCGCGCUCUACGCACCAUGGACAACGCCAAGCAGCAGCAGCAGCAGCAGCACCCGCAGAACCACCACCCGAACGGUAAACCGGUACCCAAGAACGGAGUCAAGCACCACUAA